UUCUCGCACGCGCCAUAGGGAUGGCAUUGCCACACACAGCAGGGCAACACAACACAACACAUCAGGAGCAUGCACACAGCAAACAUCCCAUCAGCUUCAGACAUUGAUCCUGGCAGCAGCACUGACAGCACCUGACCUCUGCAGCAUCAGCACCAGAAGAAGCUGGUCGUUCCUUCUCUCAGAAACUGAAAGCAGUAGCACAUCAUCAUCACAACAGUAGGAGGCGAGCAGAUCACAUCAUGCACUGGACUUUCCUCGCGUACACACUUAGAUCUAUUUCCUAAACCACACUGGGAAUGGACAGCUGUCUCUGAACUUAAAUCAGCAGAGGUUUUUCAGGACUGAUAAAAAGUUUUGCGCUCGUUUAUUUAUUCGCACACAUUCCUUUACACUAGAAGGAAAGGGUUGCAUGUGCGUUUUCUUUUCUACUGUGACUGUUUAAAGACUGCAGCAGUAAAUUAAAAACUAAAAUGCAUAUUAUUUACGCGUUGUAAACUUAAAACAACAUUAAGAUACUUUGAUAUAAGAUUUUAGGAAUUAGUGCGUCACUUUUUUUCGGUAAGUUUCCUAAACUGAUAGUUAGCUACUAGUCAAACUUGUCUCACAAGCAAGCAGUCGCAUAGACAGUCAGCGCAUUGAUAUAUUGGAGGAUAUGGUUAAAUAACAAGCUUUCGAGGAAGUUUACCUUUAUAAACAUAAAUUCGGAUUCGUCGGAAAAGCUUGGAGCUUUAGAAACUUUUCCGCGUAAAAGCGCACAGGACGCGCAAAGAGGCGGCAUUCUGCGAGCACCAUCAUCACCAACUCAAUAAGCGCAGCAGUUCUCUCCUCUGAAAGCAGAAAACAAGACGUAGAAUGGCCGAUGAGCUUGUUUCCAUCACUAAUGGGAUUGUGCUGCUGUGAUUUGUCGGACCGGAGGGAAGGUUGAGCCACACACGCUCGGUUCGUGCAGCAUCGCGGUGCGCGCUCGGGGAUGAUCAGGAUCUUCCCGGAUUUCAGUGUUCAGGUGACGGCGGCGGCGGCUGCAGGUGCGGGAGCCGGUGGAGGGAUGCCGGCUGCGUCCAGAGUCCCGGGAGCUACCAACGGGAACCCGCAAAACGUCCAAGGUUUGACGUCCUACCAACAAAGCGAGCCAUACUGGGAAAGGUCUGCUAAUGCAAGCUCCUGCUCCGCCACUAGGCCCAAGACACUCCACCUUGGAGGGCAACAACAUACCUCAUCACCAUGGUUGCAGGCUCUGAGGAAGGAGAAGUCACGUGACGCCGCUCGCUCGCGCAGGGGGAAGGAAAACUUCGAGUUCUACGAGCUGGCAAAGAUGCUUCCGCUCCCCGGUGCCAUCACCAGCCAGCUGGACAAGGCCUCCAUCAUCCGCCUCACCAUCAGCUACCUUAAGAUGAGGGACUUCGCCAACCAGGGGGACCCGCCGUGGAACCUGCGCUUCGAAGGACCACCGCCCAACACCUCAGUCAAAGCUAUCGGGUCCCAACGGAGGCGGAGCCCCAGUGCUGUUGCCACGGAGAUCUUUGAGCCUCACCUUGGCAGCCACAUCCUGCAGUCCCUGGAUGGAUUUGUAUUUGCACUAAACAAGGAGGGGAGGUUUUUGUACAUCUCAGAGACGGUGUCCAUAUACCUGGGGCUUUCACAGGUAGAGCUGACGGGCAGCAGUGUGUUUGACUACGUUCAUCCGGGCGAUCAUGUGGAGAUGGCCGAGCAGCUGGGCAUGAAGCUUCCACCGGGCAGAGGGCUGCUGUCUCAGGGCGGCGGGGCCGAGGACGGGGCCAGCUCUGCCUCUUCUUCCUCUCACUCUGAGACACCUGAGCCAGUGGAGUCGAACAGCCCUAGUCUCCUGUCGCCGGAUAACAUUCUAGAACGUUCCUUCUUCAUCCGAAUGAAAUCCACACUCACCAAGAGAGGCGUCCACAUCAAGUCCUCUGGAUACAAGGUUAUCCACAUUACCGGCAGGCUGCGGAUAAGAAUGGCAUUAACACACAGUCGUUCAGUACCCAAUCAAAUCAUGGGAAUGGUUGUGGUGGCACACGCACUUCCUCCGCCAACCAUCAAUGAGGUUCGGAUCGACUGCCAGAUGUUUGUUACACGGGUCAACAUGGAUCUCAACAUCGUCUACUGUGAAAAUAGAAUCAGCGACUACAUGGACCUGACACCUGUCGACAUCGUAGGAAAGAGAUGUUAUCACUUCAUUCAUGCAGAGGACGUGGAAGGCAUUCGGCAAAGCCAUUUAGACCUGAUGAAUAAAGGUCAGUGUGUGACAAAGUAUUACCGCUGGAUUCAGAAAAAUGGAGGUUAUAUAUGGAUCCAGUCCAGUGCCACUAUUGCAAUCAACGCCAAGAAUGCCAACGAGAAAAACAUAAUCUGGGUCAACUAUGUACUCAGUAAUCCAGAGUACAAAGACACACCCAUGGAUAUCGCACAGCUGCCUAACCUGCCAGAGAAAGCAUCAGAGUCCUCCGAAACAUCUGAUUCUGAAUCCGACUCCAAGGAGAACUCUGAAGACAACGAAAACUCCAAGUCAGAUGGGAAGGGCAAUCAGUCUUCCGAGAACAGUGAAGAUCCAGAGUCAGACAGUAAGAAACAGACGGGUCAGCCACCAGAGCAAGAGAUGAGACGACAGGAGGAAGGAGACAGUUCCAGCAAUCCAGAAAGUCAGGACAGUGAUGAUAGUCUGGAACCUUCUGACUGUGAAACUGACCACAAGGAGGGCCGCCUGGGUGGUUUACACAUAAAGGUGGAGCGCUAUGGUGACGGUGAGGUGGAGGAACUACAGGACUCGCCCUCCUCUUGCUCCUCCUCAGAAGAAGAAGAGGAUGAUGUGGAAGAUAUUGUAAAAAACUGCAACAGUGGAGGAGAGCUGAGCGGGCCAGCAAUGAGUAAACACCAGAAGAGAAAGAAGAGGAGAAAAAAGCAGAAAUGGGAUGGUAGUCGGCAACGUCUCCGUCUGUCUCCCUCGGCGGCUGCUACCCCAAGCCCUGGCAGCCUGGACCCUACCCUUGGAGACCAGCCUCCCCUCCUGCUUCCAGCCUCCCCAACCAAUUCCUCUGUGCUGAAGAUCAAGACUGAGAUGUCAGAACCUAUAAACUUUGACAACGACAGCAGCAUCUGGAACUACCCACCCAACCGAGAGAUCUCCCGCAAUGAGUCUCCCUACAGUAUGACAAAACCCCAUGACACCUUCCCUUCUCCCCCACCUGCCGGCCUCCAGGUGUCCAUCCCGGACUCUGUCCUCACUCCACCUGGUGCCGAGGGUGGAGGAGGCAGCAGAAAGCCCAACUUCAAUGGCAACAGUAGCAGCAGCAACAAUAAUAGUGCACCCACCUCUGUGUCCAACGCAACUCCGGGCAGCUUGGUUCCUCCUUCCAGUUCCACAACCGCUGAUCCACUCUCCCCACCUCUCUCGGCCUCACCACGGGACAAGCAGCAGGGUACACCCACCUCCUCUGGUUCCCUGCUCUACACCAGUGACCUUGAAGCCCUGCAGAGGUUACAAGCGGGGAACAUGGUACUUCCAUUGGUGCACAGAGUCACAGGCACGCUUGCUGCCACGAGCACUGCUUCCCCGCGAGUCUACACCACUGGAACUAUUCGAUAUGCCCCGGCAGACGUCAGCUUGGCCAUGCAGGGCAACCUCCUGCCUAAUGCCCACACUGCUGUGAACUUUGUGGAUGGGCCCGGGUUUGGGAUAGACCCCAAGACACCCAUGGAGAUGCUGUACCAUCAUGUGCACCGGCUCAACAUGUCCACCCCCUUCGCUGGUUCAGUCAGCGGAGCUGGCCUCACGCAGAUGCCAGCUGCUAAUGUCUUUACCACAGCAGAGGGACUUUUCUCCACGCUUCCGUUUCCUGUCUACAGCAAUGGCAUCCACAACACACAGACUCUGGAGCGCAAGGAGGAUUGAAGCAAAACAUCGAGACCAUAUUACUGUGUUCAACUGUGUUAAAAAGACUCUUCUGAGGCAAAAGACUGUGUAUCGAAGUUGGGGAAAAGUGAGAUGUUCUAGCACUUUGAAUUUUGAGCAAUUGAGCUUGUGUAACUGAAAUGAAUGGUUUAUCUUUCUGUGUCUUUCUAUCUCUUCGACUUUCUUCUUUCUUGACUCUUUACACAAGUUCUUGAUGACCGUUUCUCUAAACAGACUAAAAAGACUCACCUCUAUCGUAAAGAGUUCCUUUUGAGCCACCGAGAAUUCAUAGCACUGUAGCGUAUGUUUUCUCUGUGGUGAGAUAUUUGUCCAGAGUAUGUAACAUCCUCAUUAGGAUGUCUUAAAGGUAUUAGAAAAAGAAAAUCGAGAAGAAAGGAAACUGUUCAUGUUUCUAAAGGUAUCUUGAUGUAAUUGAGAUUGAUGCUGACAAAAAGAUGUUACCCUGUUUGAUGUAGUUCAAAGGGUUUUACGGUUCUUUCUAAAGGGGGAAUAGUAUUUUAGAAAUAAUGCUUUUUCUUCGUUUUUAUAGCUAAACUUAACUUGCAAAUCAUGCAUUUUAAAAAAGCAAUUUAAGCCGGGUAUUGACCUGUGAAUAGAAUGUUACUAUAAAAUCCCAGGACAUGGAACAGGUCAGUGUGAGAUUUUUCCAGUUCCAUCUUCUGUUUGCAGAUUCAUGGUGCUAUCAUUGAGUUACCCUCACUCAGCUGGCUGAUGUAGGUACUGUUCCGGAACUCCAGACAAACGGCGGCUUCAGAGCUUUUCCACUGAAAAGUCAAACCUUCAACAGAUUUUUUUUGUUUUCGAUUUUUUUUUUAUGUUUAUCACUUACCCAUGAGCAUGAGAGAGUACUUUAACUCAAUCAGAUUGAGUUUGUAAAGGGAUACAGAAGUUUGAUAGGUUUUUUGUUUUUGUUUGUUUGUUUGUUGAAUUCUUUUUUAUCUCUCAGUUCAACUGAGACUAAUAUUGCAUCAUAAACUUGAAGAUGAAUGUUGAACUCCAACAGGCUUUGAUCAAAGCUUUUUUCAUUGUUUUGGGGAUUUUUUAAUAAUUUUUGGGUUAAUUGUUUACACUCCCUCUUUAGCUUAAAGCCUGGUGUCCUUUCCGAAAUCAGUUCCCCUUCAUCCCUGUACCCCUUAACUCUCUCUGGAAAUCACAUAUCAAAUAGAGAUUGUAAUAAGGACAUGCAUUUUCAAUCAAAAAAUUUUUUUUUGAAAAUCCAUUCCUAAUUUUUACCCAUUGUUGCCAAAAAAAACUUUACUAUCACAGUAUGGUGUUAAAACACUGUGAUUUGAUGUAAAAAAAAAAAAAAAAACACUAAAGUAAUAAAACGGAAGAAAACUGUCACUUCAUCCUUUGGCAGCCGUCCAUCAAGUCAUCUAUUACGCAGCGUGAUAACCGUAAACUUGUACAAUGUGUAAGUGUCAUUGGCUGUCAGUCUCCAUAGCAACUUAAGUGUGUGUUACUAUAUGCAGUAUAUACUAAGCUAAUGUAGCUGUUUUGUCCUUUGUCCUCUCUGUGCUAGUCCGGGCUCGGGAGGGGAAACAUUGGUUCUCCUUCCAGCCCCCUUGCAGUCUUAGUGAACCAGUGGAGGUUAGUGGAUUUUGUGUGGUGGCCUUCCAAUGUAGUGUCACCUAUUUUGCUGCUUCCUUUUUGUAUGUAUUACUUUUUUCUGUUUCUGCUAUUGCUUUGCUGUCGUGUAGUCUACAAACCUCUCUCUCUUCUCAGAGAUAAAAGACUCUAAACUAGCUCAAAGGUUUAAGGAGCCAUUUUUUUGCCACUGAGGAAUUCUGGGAUUGCAGUUUCCAGCUCAAACGUGAUGAGGAAUAAAAAAAAAAACUGAAGUAGCAUUUAGCAGACUGGAACCUUAAAAGCCUCAGAUGUGAAACAUUCCCAGAGUCCCUUGUGCUUCUCUUGUGCAUUGGGUGUAUUUCAUUGGUUUCCACCAAACCUGUUGACUUCAAGGACCCUGCAACUCACAGAAAAAAAAAAAAAAA